GUUCUGUUGGAGAGGGACACAUGACUCCGGAGGAAUUUCCCCCGCUCCUCCAGUCCGUUGUGCCAGUGGGUUCUCUGGGGGGGUGAGAGAGCCAGAGAGGCGGCCGAGAAAGAGCGGAGAGAGAGAGGCGGACGGAGAGAUGUCGGAGCCGGCCACCAAUCCCGCUGUCACCUCCUUCCCAGGACCCACAAUUUCGCUGCCUUUGGGGCUGGAAGUGUUGAGGACUUACUCUGGGGCGCUGAUCUGCUUAGAAAUCUUAUUUGGUGGUUUAGUAUGGAUCCUGGUGGCUUCCUCCAAUGUGCCAGUCCCCCUGCUGCAAGGGUGGGUGAUGUUUGUAUCUGUCACUGCCUUCUUCCUCUCCUCCGCCUACCUCUUCCUCCUCAUCACCGGCCUGGCUGACCGCAUCAACAUCGACUGGAACUUUUUGGAUGUUUUUUACCAUUUUGUAGCUUUGCUUUUCUAUUUUGCUGCCUUUGUACUGGAGGCAGCGACAACGGCAGCCAAUGGAGGAGCCAUCAUCACACCCCUGCCAAACAGCACAGGAACUGUUAUGUGUAUCCACUACCCUCGCGGAAAUGUAUUCACUGUGAUGACUGGCAACCAGUUUAAUAUUAACGUAGUGGCCACGGUAUUUGCAUUUGUGGUAACGCUAUUCUACAGCUGCAGUUUGGUGAUGGCGUUCAAGAGGUGGAGGAUCUAACCUGAAACUCAAACUGAUUUUUCACCUGUUCUUCACCAACAAGAGGAACAUUCACAAUACAACAAUACAUUAGCUUCAGAAAUCAUGCUUCUGUUCAGUGUGGAGUUGGAAUGCCCUGUUUUCAGUAUGAUACCUUUGUGAUUUUUUUUUUAAGACUUUAUCAAUUACAGAAUGACUUUUCUGAGGUCCCUAACUUCUAAACAUGUUGAGUGGUGUAGCGAAGGGAUGAGAAAACAUUGAAAAAUGUUGACAUCUAAUAUGGCAUGCACGUGAGUCAUGUUUUGACACUUAUUAUGCAACAAGCUUUUUUUAUUCACGUUAGGCACGUUCGUGAUGCUUAUGCAACUACAGCUAUUUUUUCCACAUCAACACUGUAGCUUCCUUAUUCUACUGGAUUCACAUCCUCACUGAAGAGAAUGUUUCACAACUCCAAAACAACUGAAACUCCCUGAGGUGUGCUGCUUUUGUGACAUGCUCAACAGAAGCUUCACAUGCUUGGACAUUUUCUAGGAAAGACCCCACAAUACAGUGAUGCCAAAGGAAUGGAAACUCCCUUCACAAUGAACAUGAUGUGCUUUUGAAUUUUUAAAUAUAGUUUUAAAUACAUGUUGAAAUGGCAUUUUUUGUUUUGUUGAUAUGUAACAAUUUGUCAGAUGACAUCAGUGUGUGGCUUCUCCUUAUCAGAUUAAACACCAAACCUCCCACUAUUGGUGGUUUGAAGAAUUUUAAUAUAAUAUACAUACUAAUAGUUCAUUAGAUGACAUCUUUGUUUAUCUUCUUAAUGUAUAGGAUUAAACACUCAAGCCUACCAGUAUCGCUGUGUUUUAAAGAAUUUUAACAGUCUACGCUGUUAUUUAACUGCAUAUUAAAAUCAUUUACAUCAAGAAUAAAUCAUGAUAAAUAUUCAAUCUAUUAGGUUUGCUUGGUGUCCCAAUUUAUUAUAAUUUGUUCGAAUAAGUGAAGCCGAUCACAGUCUGUAUUACAAUAGUAAAUUAUUCCUCAUUUAAAAUAAAAUGCCUAAAUGCU